AUGAUGCAAGAGCCAAUCCCUGCAACUUCAGCAGACGAGGUGCAGAUUCUUUCACCAUUAAAUAUUGUCACCACAGAGUCUGAAGUCUCUCCACAUGUAGUUCAAACCAUUGAUGGUCCUAUUCCAAACUCAAAGUCAAACUCAGAUAUCACUCCACGCAAACUGUCUAUAACUCAACAAUAUCUAGUUUCUUCAAGUUCCGACCGUCCAUUCAGCAGCAAGAGUGUGGUUUCUCGUGACCGUGCUAAAUCUAGCGAUAUAAGCACAUCCAAUAUGGACGAGAAACUUACUAAUGAGUUGAAACUUCGACUUUUUACUAUUUCUAGCAAGGCUUCUGCACCCAGGUUUGAAUUAGGACUGAAACGCAAGUUGGCAAAUCCAGCGAAACAUUCAAAUGAUAUCGCGUCGCCUCCGACUGGACAAAAUCUGGCAGGAGGUGUAAAGCUACCUCAUAUGCCUCAAAAACUGAAACCCCUUGCAUCAUGUGCUACUGUGCCCCUAGUUCCUCAAAAGUAUAUCCCAGAUAGCAUCUUUACGCAGUAUAAAUAUCCCAAAAGCGAAAAACCUCUAUUGCGUCCUAUUCUUCUCAAGGCAGUUAAACCAGUCAUUAACCCGGCACGGCCCAUAUCGGGUUAUUAUGCCAAAAAGAAUGACUUGGUUUGUGUUCAAGCAUCAAAUGACAUGGAUCAAACCGAUGCAUAUCAUGACGAACUAGCAGACGUUAUAGUUAAUCUGACUCCCAAAGUCGUACCUCCUAUUAGCGUAGGUCGUGAACAAAAACAAAUUUAUGCGAGUGAUGAUCAAAUGGAUACAAGUAUGUCAAGCGGCGGAAAUCUACCAGCUAGUACGAAUAAAAACAGCGCAUGUGCACAGAUCGUUCCAGGAGUGCUCGACGAAAAAGAAUCUGAUGUAUCCAUUGAAGAUAUUGACAACAUGGAUAUAGACGAGACUUCCCAUGACACCAAAUCUAUAUUGUUUAAUCCAUUGAAAACAAAGGAAGAAUGCACUAAAGACUCGUUAAAACUCGUUCAUCUUAAAGAAGAUGAUCCUCGCAGCCCGUUUGUGUUUCUCAAGUUUUUUUCUAGCCAUCCCAACACCAACGAGUUUAUUUACAUGGUUCCAUACAAGACAUCUCUUAAACGAGAUCAGCCCAUGUUUAAUCCAUACAAUUUGCAGGUUGUAAAGUUUAGUGAAAUCGACACAAAAUCACCCGAUGGGUUCUACACCAUGUCGUUCCAGGGAGUAACUCAUUUCAACAGCCUUGGACACGGCGAGUUUACUCCUUUACAGCAAUGGACAAGAGAGUUUAAUCUCUUCCAUUCACUACUUCGUAUUCCCUUUUUUUCCCAUUAUCGUUUAUGGAAGUGUUUCACUUUAUGGAAAAGAACGGUUCUUCACACAAAAAUCCAGCUCAUCAAGAAACAGCUCACCAAAAACCUGUUUAUUUUACAUCCCCUGCUUUGUAAAGCCUUGCUGCAAAUUCAAUCCUUGAAUGCAGAAAUUAUAUUUAAAAAACGAUUGUUUUCAAUAGACGAAGAACAGAGCUACGAGCUUCGAGAGUUUGUCAAGAAACAAAAGCAAUGUGUGGAUCAGAUCUCUGUUGUGACACUACGUACUUGGAAUGACCAGAUCAAGGAGAUUGUCGAACAAGCAAGUCUAGCCUGUUUAAAGGAAAAAGGAUUUGAUGUACAAGCUGCACUAAUCGCUCAAGCUGAGCUCAAGUCAGACACUGGUGUGUUGAGUAGAAAACCUACAAGUGGAGAUGUUUGUAAUUCCAACAUGGUCGGCAAGAGCUGUGAGAAUAUCAAUACUACCACGGGCUUGAAAAAACUAUCGUUUACUGAGCAAGCUGCUCGUCGUACAGAAUGCCGUCGUCUUCAGCGGUUUGUCAAGCUAGUCGACUAUUCCAUUAUUUUUACCUUGCAGCAACUCGCUAUUCAAAGUGUACAAGAUCUGCUAAAAAGCGUAUUUAAAGGAUGUUCUGAUGCUGAUGUGAUUGUUGAUGGCAGUGGAUCUGGAACGGUCGUUAUUGGAGAAAAUGGAAUGGUGCGCAUGGCCGAGUCCAACACUGGAAUGAAUGACAGAUACACAUUAGGCGAGCAGGAAGUUGCCCAAACUAUUGCUGGAACCAAUACCGCAACAAGUGUUCAAGUUGGCGGUUUGGUGGUGGGCAACGAGGUUACGACUACAAAACUGUGCGAGUGCGGCUUUGAUGGGUUCUCUGAUAUCCUCAGUCGCAUCAUCAUGAGAAUUGCUCCACAAGUGAAUUUGGUCGAGAUUGCCGAGGAGCAAGGUUUAAUGGUAGAUGACAAUCCAGAUAGUGAAUUGUUGGCAGAUACAUCCAAGAUCGACACUGCUAAACUUAAUUCCAAACAUUCAGACAAAUGGAAAGGAGUUGUUGAUCAGCCAGACUGGUCAAAGCCAUUUGUAGCCUUGUUCCGUACUGAGCUGCUUAUCCAUCAGCAAGAUGCAACAAAACGAUUUUAUUUUUCGCCAUCCUUACAAGACUAUCUCGGGGCAAUCGAUACCAUUUUUCAAAUAUAUAUGACUACUGUGGAGCGAUUUCCGCCACUUACCAACUCUAUUCCAUUUUUGGAUCCAGCCAACCUUGCUGGUGGUGCUUACUCUUCGAUGCGCGGUCUUGAAGAUUCAGAAUUUGGAGAAGGACCGCAGAUUGCUUCUAUUGUAAUGGACAGUGGAUAUCUUCGUGAGCUUUGUGGUCGCAUUCGUGGUGUGUUUGUUGGAAUGUUUUCUAAUGCUUUCAAGUGGGCAAAUACCUUGGAAAAUGUACGCACCAUGUGGCUUGAGAAUCAAAAGUUUUAUGGACUGGAAAACUUGCGUCAGUCAGCUGGCGAAAUUGCCUAUUUGCUGGCAACCACUCCUGAAGGUGUUGAAGGUGGUAUUACGAGUGUUCUUUUAAAAACAAAGCAAGAAACAAAUGCCCGUAAUACUGAGCAAAAUGCCAACGAACUUGCUCAGUCUUUUGCAUCUACUAUUCAAGCCGACAAAGGCAAUGUUCAGAUUGAUAAAAAGCCGGUAAAUAUUCUUGAACUGAUAUCGCACGUUGCUUAUCGGCCAGAUGGCAUCAGAUACUCUCCUCUUGUGGAAUUUUCCGAUGAAGCGUUAAGCCGAUUUGCAUAUCAAAAGCAGACUAUGAUGGAUAUUCCUGUGCGCUCCACCAUCAACAACAUUAUCAUUGAUACCAAUCAGCUAAAAAAUGUUCUUGUGCCUAGUCCCGAGAGAUGCUUUAACGAAGUAGCCAGUAUUCUACCAAGCAUUGCUCGUGACAAAAACGAGUUACUUCUCACUGAAGUUCAAAUGUGGGUAAAGGUAUUAAACACACAUCCGACUCACGUUGAGGGUUUUGUAGAGUAUCUUGGAUGGUUGGAAAAGGUUCGAGAAAGUAUGCCUGUUGUAGAUCAACUUGAAGAUGAAGUGUCUCGCCUUUACGCUCUUCUUGAAAUGUACAAGAUUCAAAUUCAACCUACUGAUUUGGCCAUGUUCCAAACUCUUGGACCAAGCUUAAGAUCACUUAAAGACUCUGUUGAUGUUGCCAUGGACACUCGUGAGGAAUCCAUUACAAGGUUUACAAUUGAUCUUGAAAAGAGUAUGUCUGAACUGACGAGUGAGGUUUCAGAUAUCCGCAACCGUGCUCAAGAUCCCAUGAUUCUCAGUUCAACCACAAAAAGCGAUGUUGCCAUUGCAUUUUUGGAAGAUCUCCGCCAACAACUCGAAAAAGUCGAGAUUCUUAAGAAACGAUUUGAGCAGUGGGGUGAAUUGUUUAAACGCGGUGGAACGGCAGUCGUUAAUGAAGCAGCACCUGAAAAAGAUUUGAAACCUAUUGUCGCAGCAGCCCCACUUACUGGAGGAUUUGGCACGAGUAAAACUGGAUUUGAACUUGAAGAAACCAAGACUGAGAUUGAAAUGAAACGUAUGCUAUGGACUAGUCUCAAGGAGUGGGAUGCACUUACCGAAUUUUGGAAAGCACAGUCGUUCGAGUCACUUGUUACGGACGAUAUCAAUACCAAGAUUAUCAUGUAUCUCAAGAUUGUAUAUAAUCUGGACAAGGCUCUGCCUCCAAACGAAGUUGUUCCUAGACUCAAGUCUAUGGUUGAAGAGUAUAGAUACAUAUAUCCAACCAUUGUUGAUCUACGCAAUCCCUCUCUUAAGCAGCGUCAUUGGGAAAAGAUUCAAGACGCAAUUGGCAAAUCGCUCAUUAAAGAUGAAGGUUUCACGCUUUCUAAAUUGAUGGAUUUACGUGUCUUUGACUUUAAGGAAGAAAUCAGUGGGAUUUCAAGUCAAGCUGGGUCUGAAUCGGCUCUAGAAGAAAUGCUUGGCCGUGUGAUCAAGAACUGGAGUGAAGCAGAAUUUAUUGUUACGCCAUACCGGGACAACAAAGAUGUGUUUAUUUUGGGCACUGUAGAAGAUAUUCAGACGCUGCUUGAAGAUUCGCAGGUCAUGAUUGCUACUAUCAAAGGCUCACGUUUCAUUGGACCGAUUAGGGUCGAGGUUGAGCGCUGGGACAAACAGCUAUCUUUAUUCUCAGAGACGUUGGAUGCGUGGCUAACAUGCCAGAGAAAUUGGCUAUAUCUCGAGAGUAUUUUUUCUGCACCAGAUAUCCAACGCCAAUUACCUGAUGAAGCACGCAUGUUUUCCCAAGUGGACCGAAGUUGGAAGGAUGUAAUGCGUAAAGUAUCGCGCAACUCGAAUGCUAUAAAAUCUGGAACCCUUCCAGGGUUGCUGGAAACCAUGCAGCAAAACAAUGUUCUUUUGGAGCAGAUCCAAAAGUGUCUUGAGGAUUAUUUGGAAAGCAAGCGACUUUUGUUUCCCCGAUUUUACUUUUUGUCCAAUGAUGAGCUGCUGGAGAUUCUUUCGCAAACCAAGAACCCACAAGCUGUCCAGCCUCAUUUGAGUAAAUGCUUUGACGCUAUAAAGAGUCUUGAAUUUUCUUCAAACGAUCCAAAGAGUAUUGAUAUUGUAGCCAUGAUCAGUCCAGAAGGUGAGCGUGUUCCUUUUCUCAAGACUGUCAAGGCACGAGGAAAUGUUGAAGCAUGGCUUGGAAACGUUGAAGAAGCCAUGGUGGCUGUAUUGCGUCGACUUAUAAAAACAUCCAUUGCCGAUUUUGAAGAAAGUCGCCGAUCUGAUUGGGUACGUGAGCAUGCUGGGCAGGUGGUUGUUACCGGAAACCAGGUUCUUUGGUGUCGUGAUGUCACUGAAUCUCUUAAAUCAAACGAGCCUGGAAAGGCUCUUGUAGCUCUUAAACAAAAAUGCAUCACUAAUCUUUCUGGCGUUGCCAUGCUUGUGCGGAGCGAGCUAACCAAACUCCAACGCGCUAUUCUUGGUGCUCUCAUCACUAUUGAUGUCCAUAAUCGUGAUAUUGUUCAAGGACUUAUUCAUGCAAAAGUGACCGGUUUUGGUGAUUUCGAAUGGAUCAAACAGCAAAGAUACUAUUGGGAUGCUGACUUGGAUACUUGCCAUGUGAAGAUGUCCACGUCUGUGUUUUCCUAUGGAUAUGAAUAUCUAGGAUGCUCACCGCGUCUUGUUAUUACUCCACUGACUGAUAGAUGUUAUUUAACUUUAACGGGUGCACUUCAGCUCAAUUUGGGUGGAUCUCCUGUUGGACCUGCUGGCACUGGUAAAACAGAAACCGUCAAAGAUUUGGCCAAAGCCAUGGCAAGACAGUGUGUGGUUUUCAAUUGCUCAGAUGGUUUAGAUUACAAGAUGAUGGGUAAAAUGUUUGCUGGUCUUGCUCAGUCUGGCGCAUGGUGUUGCUUUGACGAAUUCAACCGUAUCGAUAUUGAAGUGUUAUCUGUUAUUGCCCAGCAGCUGUUGACCAUCAAAAAUGCCAAGGACAUGAAGGCCACCAAAUUCAUUUUUGAAGGAAGAGAAAUCCGUCUUGUAGAAACUUGUGCAGCCUUCAUCACUAUGAAUCCUGGAUAUGCUGGCCGUACCGAACUUCCAGACAAUCUUAAAGCACUAUUUCGUCCUAUUGCAAUGAUGAUUCCCGACUAUGGUCUUAUUGCCGAGAUUAUUUUAUUUUCAGAAGGAUUCGAAAAUGCCAAGCCUUUAUCGGGCAAAGUUGUCAAUCUAUACAAGCUCUGUUCUGAACAACUAUCCCAGCAAGAUCACUAUGAUUUUGGUAUGCGAGCAGUAAAAUCAGUUUUGAUUAUGGCAGGUGCACUAAGGCGAAGCAUUCCAGAAUUAAGCGAGGAUGUCGUACUCAUUAGGUCAUUGCGCGAUUCAAACCUUCCAAAGUUUUUGUCGGAAGAUAUUGGUUUAUUCAAGGGUAUUCUUUUGGAUCUUUUCCCUGGUGUGGUGGUUCCUGACAGAGAUUUUGGUGCACUAGUCAAGGCAGUUGAAGCUGUACUUCACGAGCGUGAUCUUGACGUUGUGGAAAACUUUGUGAGCCGUGUUUGUCAGCUUUCUGAAACCAUGCAAAUUCGCCAUGGUGUCAUGCUCGUUGGUCCUACAGGCGGUGGAAAAACAACGUGUUAUGAAACCCUCCAAGAGGCAUCUGGCAGAUUGCACGACUCGGGACACUCUGAAUUCAAGCAUGUGAAAACGUGGGUUUUGAAUCCCAAGUGUGUUGAAAUGACCGAGUUAUAUGGUGAGUUUAAUAUAGCAACAAUGGAAUGGAAGGAUGGACUUAUUGGCAGUAUUUUCCGAGCCCAAGUCAGUGACAACAGCCAAGAUGAUAAAUGGACCGUGUGCGAUGGCCCUGUCGAUGCGCUAUGGAUUGAAAAUAUGAACACAGUGCUAGACGAUAACAAACUGCUUACUCUUAUCAAUGGCGAGCGUAUUAAAAUGAACUCUUCAAUGCACAUGCUAUUUGAAGUUGCAGAUCUUGCUGUGGCGUCUCCAGCUACUGUUAGUCGCUGUGGUAUGGUGUACAUGGAUCCAGCAACUCUUGGUUGGCGCUCAUAUGUCAAGACCUGGAUUCACAAACUUCCUUCCUAUGUAACAGAAGAUCUUAAAAUCCAUCUGACCAUCUUUUUUGAUGCAUUUGUGGAUUUUGGUCUUCAGUUUGUUCGUCGAAACUGCAAAGAGUAUAUCAAAUCUGUUGAUUUGAAUCUAGUUGCAAGUUUGUGCAAGCUAUUAAGAACCUAUAUCAAUCGCACCAAAGAAAUUGAUUUCAAAGCAUCGAUUUUGGAAAUCAAGCCUCUUUUUUCAAAUAUCUUUCUAUUUUGCUUUAUAUGGUCUAUUGGAGGAAACUUGGCAGACGGAUACCAAGAGUUAUUUGAUACUUUUAUGCGCGAAAUGCUGAGUGCAUCUUCUGUCACUGAGAUACAGAUUCCAUCCUCGGCUAAUGUGUUUGGAUUUUUCGUUGAUUUGAAAUCACGCAAUUUCGUUUUAUGGGAUGAUAUUGUAGCCAGCUUCAAGUUUUCAGCAGAUAUACCUUACUUUGAUAUGGUUGUUCCAACUACGGAUACUGUCAAAUAUGCCUACUUAUUAGAAGCGCUGGUAUCUAAUAGCUAUCCAACACUGUUUACUGGAAACACUGGUGUAGGAAAAUCUGUGAUUAUUCAAGACUUGCUCAAUCGGAUGGCAAAAGCAAACAAAAAUAUCAAUGUCACGCUCAACUUUUCUGCCCAGACAAAUAGUGCUCAAACACAGCAGGUUGUGGAGCUCAAACUAGAAAAGAAAAGAAAAAACAUUACUGGAGCUCCAAUUGGGAUCAACAAGGUUGUGCUGUUUGUUGACGAUCUUAACAUGCCAAAGAUGGAUACAUAUGGAUCUCAGCCACCAAUUGAAUUGCUACGACAGUAUCUUGACUUUGGUGGAUUCUAUGAUCGCGAAAAACUAACCUGGAAGAUUAUCCAAGAUGUUGAUUUGGUUGCCGCCUGUGCUCCCCCAGGAGGUGGCAGAAACCAUGUAACGUCUCGAUUUUUGCGUCACUUUAAUAUCCUCAAUAUUUCAGCACCAAACGAACUGUCACUAUCCAAGAUCUUCAAAUCUAUUGUUGAGGGAUUUUUAAAACCCUUUUCUACCGAGAUAAAAUCAUCAUGUGAGGCAAUUGUUCACUCUGCUAUUGAAAUUUACCAUCGCAUGUGUACCGAGCUUCUUCCAACACCUGCAAAGUCGCAUUACACGUUCAACCUGCGUGAUUUGUCCAAGGUUGUUCAGGGUAUUUUGCAAGUACGCCCUAAUGUCAUUACAACAAAAACAGAAUUAGCUCGUUUGUUUUGCCACGAAUCAUCUCGAGUUUUCCAUGAUCGGCUGAUUGAUGAUACAGAUCGGCAGUAUUUUAACAAACUUUUAUCAGAACUUGCUGAAAAGAAUUUUGGGACGCCAAUGUCAAAAGAGAGUUUUUCACAAACCCCAAUUAUGUUUGGCGAUUUUUCCAAGCGAGGUGUGGCUUCAGAGGAUCGUAUAUACACUGAAAUGAUUGAUAUGAAAGCAAUGACUACUUUGCUAGAAGAGUAUUUGGAAGAGUAUAACGUGACGAUGAACAAGGAUAUUCGAUUGAUAUUUUUUAUGGAUGCCAAGCAGCACAUUACUAGAAUUUCCCGUAUUAUUCGCCAGCCUAGAGGCAAUGCUUUAUUGGUGGGUGUCGGUGGUACAGGAAAACAGUCUCUUACUCGUCUUGCUUGCCACAUUUCAGACUACCAAUGCACUCAGAUUGAGCUUACAAGAACAUAUGGCCAGGAAGAAUGGCAUGAAGAUCUCAGGAAACUAUAUCGUCUUGCAGGGUUAGAUGGAAAAAAUACAGUGUUUUUACUAUCGGAUACGCAAAUUAAAAAGGAAACCUUUUUAGAAGACAUCAACAGUAUCCUCAACUCUGGAGAAGUGCCUAAUCUGUUUGAAACAGACGAGCGUGAAAAGAUUUUGGGUGAUUUAAGGCCGCUUGCUAGAGAAAAAGGCCUAAGUGAAGAUCGGGACUCUGUAUACCAACUGUUUAUCAGUCGUGUCCGUGACAACCUUCAUAUUGUGUUUGGGACCAGUCCUGUGGGCGAUACGUUUCGCACUCGAUGCCGUAUGUUCCCCUCGCUUGUAAACUGCUGUACCAUUGAUUGGUUUGAUGAGUGGCCAAAAGAUGCGUUGCUUUCUGUUUCUCGCAGAUUUUUCGAGUUUGUUGAUUUGGGAAAUGACGAUAUGAAAACCAAAAUUGCUACCAUGUGUGUGGAGAUUCACGCAUCCGUUGGCGAAAUUGCCAAGCGGUUUUAUUCUGAAUUGAGACGAAGGUACUACACCACACCAACAUCCUACUUGGAAUUGAUUAAUCUUUACAUCUCCAUGCUUCAGGAAAAGCGCAAAGAACUUGGAUCUUCUAGAGAUCGACUGCGUAAUGGUCUAAACAAAUUAGCCGAAACAAACGUACUGGUUGCCAACAUGCAAAUUGAGUUGGAAAAUCUUGGACCAGAACUUAAAGUUCGUGCACAAGAUACUGAAACCUUGAUGGUCAAAAUCGCCAAGGAUCAAGAAAUUGCUGAUGGUGUUCGAAAAGUUGUAUCAGAGGAGGAAGCUGUGGUGCGAGAAAGAGCGCUGCAAACUGAAGCCAUUGCUACUGAGGCACAAAGAGAUUUAGACGAAGCACUUCCUGCACUGGAUGCUGCCUAUAAAGCACUGGAUGGACUCGAGAAAAAGGACAUUGCUGAAUUAAAGGUGUUUUCUAAGCCACCUGACUUGGUGCUUAUGGUCAUGGAGGCUAUUUGCAUUUUAUUCAAGUUCAAACCCGACUGGGAAAACUCGAAAAAACUGCUUUCAGAUCCCCAACUCAUGCGUAAGAUGGCCGAAUAUGACAAGGACAAUAUUCCCGAGAGUUUGUCAAAAAAACUCAAAAAAUACAUUGAAAGUCCUAAUUUCAAUCCAGAUGCUGUUGAAAAGGUGUCGAGAGCAUGCAAGAGUAUGUGUAUGUGGGUCGUUGCCAUGGAUCUAUACUCGCGUGUUUUCAAAGAGGUACUUCCCAAGAAAAAACGUUUGGAAGAGGCACAAACUACUUUGGAGUCGACUAAAGCAAAGCUUGCUGAAAAGGUUGAAGCGUUGGCAGAGGUUGAAACCCAGUUGGAGAAACUCAAAGCCAAAUACGAAAAUUCGGUAUCUUCUAAACGACUACUGGUUGACAAGAUGGACGAAACAACACGACGACUGUCGAGGGCAAGUAAACUCACACUUGCUCUGGCUGACGAACAAAUUAGAUGGACCGACUCUGUUGAACGCUUAAAUUUGCAAAUAGAAUUGCUUGUUGGUAACAUUUUCCUUAGCGCAGCUUGUGUUGCGUAUUUUGGUGCAUUCACGUCUAAUUACAGAAGUGAGCUUGUGCAGCGCUGGAUUGUUAAUUGUCAAUCUGCUGGUAUCCCAGUAUCAGAGAAUUUUCACUUGCUGGAGCAUCUUGCAGACCCAGCUGUUGUGCGCGAUUGGAACAUUCAAGGACUUCCUGCAGAUGCACUAUCAAUUGAAAAUGGUAUUCUUGUUACCCGUGGUCGUCGUUGGCCACUUAUGAUUGAUCCCCAAGGCCAGGCAAAUCGUUGGAUUCGCAACAUGGAAGGAUCCGAGUUAAAAGUAAUCAAACUUUCCGAACCCAAGUUUCUUCGAUCUCUUGAAAAUGCCAUUCGAACUGGACAGGCUGUUCUUUUGGAAGAUGUUGGCGAGCAGUUGGAUCCUGCGCUUGAACCCCUUUUGCUAAAGCAGACUACUCGUCAAGGCGGCCGUGUGUUGAUGAAGUUGGGCGACUCGUUUGUGGAAUAUGACAGGAAUUUCAAACUGUAUAUCACUACAAAAUUGCCCAAUCCUCACUAUCUUCCCGAAGUAUGCAUCAAGGUCACAAUUAUCAAUUUUAUUGUCACAAAAAUAGGUCUUGAAGGUCAGUUGUUGGCGGAUGUGGUCAAAUUGGAGCAGCCUGAGCUUGAGGAACAACGAAACUCUCUCAUUGUGAAUAUUGCUGCAGACAAGAAACAGCUUAAAGACAUUGAAGAAAAAAUUCUAAAAAUGCUGUUUAAUUCACAAGGAAACAUUCUUGAUGAUGAAGAUCUUAUCAGUACGCUCAAUCAAUCUAAAAUGACAUCAGCAGCAAUCAAUGAGCGUGUGUUACAGGCUGAGCAGACUGAGCAGGAUAUCAAUCUGGCUCGUGAAAAGUACAGACCGGUUGCUAUUCGAGGAUCAGUGCUUUAUUUUGUAAUUGCUGAUUUAGCUGAAAUUGACCCCAUGUAUCAGUUCUCACUAAAGUACUUUGCCAACCUAUUCAACAACUGUAUCGUCGAGUCUGAAAAAUUCGAUGAUUUGAACCGGCGUAUUGAAAUUCUAUGUACCAACACAACAUUUGAGGCAUUUUCAAACGUUUCUCGUGGACUGUUUGGAGCUCACAAGGUGCUGUUUGCAUUUAUGAUUUGCAUUGAAACCAUGCGUGAAGAUGGGAAAAUCAACGAGCUUGAAUGGAACUUUUUCUUGCGCGGUGGUGGUAUGCUAAGAUCUAAUCUUCCUUCCAAACCCAAUGCACGAUGGCUAUCCAGUCAUAUGUGGGAGAAUCUGUGUGACUUGGCCUACACUAUACCACAAUUUUCAUACAUUAUUGGCCAUAUUGGCAUGUAUCCAGAUGAUUGGGAGUCACUUUUGGAAGCGGACAUGCCAUACAUGCUACCAAUACCUGGAGAUACGACAAUGCAAUUAACCGAUGUUCAGAAAAUAUUACUGAUAAAGGUAUUGCGUGAAGAGAAGCUUGUUUCUACUGCCAUUGAGUUUAUCAAGAAAAACAUGGGCGAAAAGUUUAUUGAUAUACCGCCACUUGAUCUUGCCAAAGCAUACAAGGAUACUUCGCCUGCAUCUCCACUUAUAUUUAUUCUUUCUACAGGAUCGGAUCCAGUGUCAUCACUUGUGAAAUUUGCCAGUUCUCCAAAAGUUGCAAUGCAAGACAAACUGCACAUGAUUUCACUUGGUCAAGGGCAAGGUCCUAUUGCUGAAGAAUUGGUAAAGCGAGCCAUGAUUAGUGGCGAUUGGGUGUUUUUGCAAAACUGUCAUUUGGCCGCAUCAUGGAUGAAUAGUCUCGAGUCGCUUGUCAAAGAAUUUGGGCUUCCUGAAGUUGAAAUAAACCCAACAUUUCGACUCAUUCUCUCGUCCAUGCCGUCCAAAGUUUUCCCCGUUGCUGUUCUUCAGGAUGGUGUCAAGGUUACCAAUGAGCCCCCAAAAGGCUUGCGAGCUAAUCUGGCGCGUAGUUUUGCUGACGUGUCUCGAGAUUUGUUUGACGACCAUCCACCACAGGGUGUCAAGUUUCGCAAACUUUUGUUUGGCAUAUGUUUUUUUAACGCUGUCAUUCAUGAACGAAAGAAAUUUGGUGCGCUGGGAUGGAACAUUAUGUAUGACUGGAGCAACUCUGAUUUAGAAGUAUCCAUUACGAUUUUGCGAAAUAUGUUGCAAGAAUACAAGACAAUACAAUGGGAUGCAUUGCUCUAUCUGACAGGAGAAAUCACAUUUGGUGGCCGUGUGACUGACGACUGGGACAGACGAUCACUAAAGUACAUUCUACAAAGGUUCUACACACCACAGAUUCUUGAUGAUGUGUAUAAAUUUUCUUCGUCUGGUAUUUACUAUGCACCAUCAGAUGGUGAUUUAGCAUACUUUAAAAGCUAUAUUGAUGGGCUACCAUUUACUGAAGAGCCAUCUAUAUUUGGAAUGCAUGAAAAUGCCAACAUCAGCUACCAAGUACAGGAAACCCGGCGAUUGAUCAAGUCUGUACUAGACGUUCAACCUUGCUUGAUGAAUGCUGGAAGUGGAAAAUCAACCGAAGACAUGGUAACAGAAAUUGCUACAACAAUUUUGGACGAGUGGCCUCAAGUUCUGCAUAUCGAGGUUCCAAACAACCUAUCUGCUACUACAAAGUUUUCCGGUGCAGGUGAAGGCAGCGACAGUUCCAUUUCUGAAAAGCUGUUUAAACGUGAUGAAAGUGGUCGUAUGAUUGAUUCGCUAAGUACAGUGUUGCUCCAAGAAGCCGCACGGUUCAAUAAGCUCAACAGCUUAAUUCGUGCAUCUUUGGAAAGUCUUAUUAAAGCAGUCAAAGGUUUUAUUGUAAUGAGUCCUGAACUAGAAUUAGUAUUUAAAAGCUUAUUGAAUAACGAGGUUCCUGACGCGUGGGCUAACCAUGCAUAUCCUUCGCUCAAGACACUUGGUUCAUGGGUUAAAGACUUUCACAAAAGAAUGGAAAUGAUUAGAAAAUGGGCUACAGAAGGUCAGCCAAAAUGGUUCUGGCUUCCAGGAUUCUUUUUUCCUCAAGGAUUUCUUACUGGUGUAAUGCAGAACCACGCUAGAAAAUAUAGUAUUCCCAUUGACACCCUUAUCUUUAAUUUCAAAGUCAACGACUUUGAUGAAAACGAUCUACAGCUUCAGCAUUCUCAACCACCUUUGAGUGUUGAAGAAGAAGGGAUAUUGGUGAGUGGGCUUUUUGUUGAAGGCGCAAGAUGGGACAAGGAAAAGCGGUUACUUCAAGACUCGUUUGCAAUGGAAAUGUAUUCUGCUAUGCCAUUGAUUUGGUUCCUGCCAUCACAAACUGCUCCAUCAAAGGACAAGGCAUAUAUUUGCCCACUAUACAAGACAUCAGCACGCGCAGGAACACUAUCAACCACAGGUCAUUCGACCAAUUUUGUGGUGACUAUUUUCCUUCCAUCAGACAAGCCAUCAGAUUAUUGGGUAGCAAAGGGCGUUGCUCUUUUGUGUCAACUCAACGAAUAGUCUCAUAAACCAACCACUAGCCAUUAUUCAAUAUAUAAUUCCAUGGACUGGGAGUUGCACAAUUCAACUGUUUGGUAUCAAAAAUAUCAUCCGAGCUAUUGGUACUUGGGUCUAUCAAUAAACUAUUUGUUAGCAUAGUCGUA